GCAGCUCGGCUUUGUUAUUGCCGAGACUCCGAGCAGCGACGCGCAACUGCAGCAGCAGCUCUCGUGUGCCAGUGCAUAUACAUACAUAUAUAGAUACAGUUCUCGGUACACGCGACCUAGUUUUCGCGCGUAAGACGACAACAACAACAAAUCUCUUCAAUCACGAAUUCGGCCGUCACUUGGAGCGCAAUGGUCGCCACGGCAGCAGCAUUACCCUCGGGUGCGGUUCUGGCUUCGGCUAAAAAGAAGCAGGCAGCGGCCGCAGCUAAGAAGAAGAAGGCCGCGGUCGUGCUGCCCAAGAAGAAGCCAGCCUCGGCGCGCGUCCAGAAGGUGCAUCCGCGCACGGCCGAGCUCGUCGACUCGGCCAUAGCCGCCCUCGGCGACAGGAGCGGUUCAGGCCUGCAGGACAUCAAGAAAUACAUCUCGCAGCAGUACGGCGUGGACGCGGAGAAGUUAACGCCGUUGAUCAAGAAGGCCCUGGCGGGCAAGGCUCAGGGUGCGCCCGGUGCUUUCAAGCUAGAGCCCAAGAAGAAGGCGGCCAGUCCGAAGAAGAAGCCAGCGGCGAAGAAGUCGCCAGCUAAGAAGAAGCCAGCGGUGAAGUCGACGGCGGCUAAGAAGAAGGCAGCCAGCCCGAAGAAGAAGAAGACGACGACGGCGCGAAAGUCGCUGGGCGCCAAGCCGCCCAAGCCCAAACAGGCCGCGAAAAAGAAGAGCAGCCCGGCCAAGAAAAAGGCGGCCAAGAAGACGGCGGCUAAGAAGUAAGAUUAUUUAUUAUUUAUCGAUAACGUAUGGAGCGUUUCAACAACAGCAGCAGCAGCAACAAAGUACGCAAGUAAUA